CGAUAUAAGAAGCCAAAGAGUGAGCAUCUCUCCAUUGGUAUGACCAUUGCUGUUUCUCCCACUACUUCUGAAGACCCAAGGAGCACAGAAUGGAGAAGCUUCUUCUGGGUGUCCUGCUCCUCGCCUUUAUCCCAGAGGGCAUGACACAGAAAGACUUGACAAGGAAGGUGUUUAUUUUCCCUGAAGAAUCAGACACAGCCUACGUGACCCUGAUCCCCAGGGUGAGGAAGACUCUGAGGAGUUUCACUCUGUGCCUGAAAGCCUUCACAGACCUCACUCGCCCCUACAGCCUCUUCUCCUACAGCACUAAGUCUAAAGACAAUGAGCUGCUUCUCUUUGUCAACAAAGUGGGAGAGUACGAUCUGUACAUCGGGAACACUAAGGUCACUUUCAAGGUCCCCCAACCCCCUUACGGCCCGGUCCAUCUCUGUGUCACCUGGGAGUCUGUCUCUGGGAUUGCUGAACUCUGGGUGAACAGCAGGCCCGUGGGGAGGAAGGGCUUGAGGAGAGGGUACACUUUGGGAAAAGAUGCAAGAAUCAUCUUGGGACAGAAGCAAGAUUCAUUUGGGGGAAAAUUUGAUGCCAAACAAUCCUUUGUUGGGGAGAUCUGGGAUGUGUCCUUGUGGGAUCAUGUGGUCUCCUUAAAGAAUUUGUGCUUCACCUGUUACACCAGCAACAUCUUGAACUGGAAGGCCCUGAUUUAUCAAGCUAAGGGCUAUGUGGUGGUGAAGCCCAAGUUGUAGGCUUAAGCCUCACUCCCUGCAGACAUGACUUGUGUUUAAUAAUAAUCAUCCACAUAGUCUCUUGGAAAUUAAAUACGUUGAUUUCAA